AUGAGUCGGACUCCGGUGGUCCCGGAGGUCCGGGAGGAGGACCCAUCGGAGCCGGAGGAGCCGGGCGGUGGCGGUCCCGGAGGUCCGGGAGGAGGACCCAUCGAGUCGGAUGAGUCGGACUCCGGGUGUCCCGGGGGUCCGGGAGGAGGGCCCAUGGAGCCGGAGGAGCCGGGCGGUGGUGGUCCCGGAGGUCCGGGAGGAGGACCCAUCGAGUCGGAUGAGUCGGACUCCGGUGGUCCCGGGGGUCCGGGAGGAGAACCCAUCGAGUCGGAUGAGUCGGACUCCGAUGGUCCCGGGGGUCCGGGGGGAGGGCCCAUUGAGUCGGAGGAUCCAGAGGAGCCGGACGGCGGCGGCGGUCCAGGAGGAGGACGGGGGCCUGGGGGACGUGGCCUUUGGGGACGGCCAGCCGUCACCGUCAGCACCACCAGCAGAAGACACAGUGUAAGAGCACGCAUGUUGCCCUGCGUGUGA